AUGGAACACACAACACAUACCUUUGUUGCACCACAGCAUCUCUCGCCGGAAGACGAUAUGUCGUGUCAAAGCAAACUACACAUGGGUCAGCAGGCAUACCAACAUGGAACACAUAUAACAUACACCGCUCGCCGGACGUCCAAAUAUCAAGUCGGAUUGCGGGAGCAGCCAACGAGUGAAGAGAAACGGACGGGCUGGCAUACCGCAAGCAUAAAGGCAUACUCUGCGGGUAAAUCUCAUCAUUCCCACUAG